AUUAAAAUCAAAGAGAGGAUUGAGUCUUUUAGAUUGGUAAAGAUACUUUAAAGAUUAGCUAGCAACGGGGAAAGAUACUUGUCUUCUUCAAGUCAUCUAAACACGGUAUUGCAAGUCUAUGCACCCUAUUGCUGGGAAAAUGCAUUAUUCGUAUUUAUAAUUCCAUGACAUCUACUGAACAAUCAAUGACAACAAUUGACUAACAAAAAGUAGAAGAAGACCUCGACUACUCCAUCUUCAUAUAAAUUCAUUAGUCUCUGGAAAUCAUAACAUGCUACAACUGAACCUUUACCAGAUAUUCAAGCUAAAUAGACAUGGCCUCAUCCUUAACCAAUUCCAUUUUUCUAGGGGUGUUGUGGAGUGCCAUCCUUCUUUCCUUUGCUACAACCCUGUUAGCAGCAGUAUCUUCACUCGAAUCAGAAGCUGUGGCUUUGCUAGAGAGUGGCUGGUGGAGUAGCUAUAGCAACAAUAUUUCUCAACGUUGCAACUGGCACGGUAUUUCAUGCAACAAUGCAGGAAGCAUCACCGAAAUUAACCCAUCUGCUAACGUGAUUCAGGUUGGUGAUAGAUUUGGAAAAUUGAAUUUCUCUUCAUUUCCAAAUCUUGUCCUUCUUAAUCUUAGCGAUCGGAAACUUGGUGGAAAUAUCCCGCCUCAGAUAGGUGGUCUAUCCGCACUGAAGUACCUUAACUUGUCCUAUUGUGGGUUAUCUGGUGAGUUACCUUCUUCCCUAGGAAACCUAACCCAAUUAGAGUUUCUUGACAUUUCUUAUAAUGAUAACAUUAAUGGUUCCAUCCCUCCACAACUAGGGAAUUUGAAAAACCUGGUUAGUUUAAAUUUGAGUUGGAAUCAGUUUGCUGGUGUAAUCCCUUUUGAUUUGGGUCAAUUAACCAAUCUCAAAUCUCUGCUUCUCAGGGUCAACAAUAUUGAUGGAUCUAUUCCAUCAGAAAUUGGAUAUCUGACAAAUUUGAUUGAUUUGGAUUUCUCGGGCAACAUGCUUGUUGGUUUAAUACCUUUUACUCUGUAUCAAUUAACCAAUUUGGCAACUUUGUACCUUCAUAGUAACCAACUUGAAGGCUCCAUACCUCCAAAUGUUGAAAAUUUGAAGAACCUCAGAGUUUUAAGCAUCUAUGAUAAUAGAUUUACUGGUCUUAUUCCUCUAGCUUUAUGUCGUUUAACAAAAUUGGAAAUAGUUUACCUUUUAGAAAAUGAAAUCAAUGGUUCCAUUCCUUCAGAAAUAGGAAAGCUUAACAACCUCAAAUAUUUAUAUUUUGGAGCUAACAACCUUACUGGCCCAAUCCCUUCUUCUAUUGGUAAUUUAUCAAAAUUGCAGGCGAUGUCCCUUGGUUCAAAUCUUCUGGAAGGUCCUGUACCAAAAGAAAUUGGUAAUUUAGAAGCACUCAGGGUCUUGCACCUCUCCCAAAACAAAUUGAGUGGUUCAAUCCCUUCUUCUAUUUGUAAUUUAUCAAAACUGAAAGCAUUGUACCUUGAUUCAAAUCUUUUAGAAGGUCCUAUACCAAAAGAAAUUGGGAAUUUAGAAGCACUCAAGGUCUUGUACCUCUCCCAAAACAAAUUGAGUGGAUCCAUACCGGUUCAACUUGGUAAUUGCAAAAAUUUGUCAACACUGGAUGUCAGUUACAAUAACCUCUCGGGUAUUGUUCCUUUGUAUAUUGCUAAGUUGACAAACAAUUCCUUGAUUACUUAUAAAGGUGAUGGCGAUUGUUACUUUAUAAAUGACAAGGCGUUUGAUGGCAAUAAGGAUUUAUCACACUACGCCUGUCCCCCACAGACCAAGAGCGGUCGAACUCCUUACUACAUGAAAAUAGCCCUCCCCAUUGUCAUAUCCUCUGUUUUUCUUAUUCUGGGGUGUCUGUUAUUGUCUCGGUUUAAGGCUAAGAAAAACCAAGUUGGCCCACUAACAACAAAAAAUGGGGAUUUGUGCUGCUCAAUAUGGAACUACGAUGGGAAGAUAGCAUAUGAAGACAUUAUUGCAGCAACAGAAGAUUUUGAUAUUCGAUACUGCAUUGGAACUGGGGGUUAUGGAAGUGUUUACAAAGCACAACUACCUUGUGGUAAAAUAGUUGCUUUAAAAAAACUUCAUCGCCUUGAAGCUGAGGAUCCGGGUUUCGACAAGAGUUUCAGGAAUGAGGUGAAAAUUUUGUCUGAAAUUCGACAUCGAAAUAUUGUGAAGCUUCAUGGAUAUUGUCUACACCGGCGGUGCAUGUUUCUGAUAUAUGAAUACAUGGAAAGAGGAAGCUUGUUCUGGGUCCUAAGUAAUGAUGAUGAAGCUGUAGAGUUGAAUUGGAUAAAAAGAGUUGAGAUCAUCAAAUCCGUUGCUCAUGCCUUGUCUUACUUGCAUCAUGAUUGCACCCCUCCAAUUGUUCAUCGAGACAUUUCAAGUAACAAUAUUCUGCUAAACUCAAGCUUGGAGGCCUUUGUGGCUGAUUUUGGAACCGCUAGAAUGCUACAUCUUGAUUCAUCCAAUCUGACUGUUCUUGCUGGUACAUAUGGCUAUAUAGCCCCAGAAGUUGCCUACACAAUGGUUGUGACCGAAAAAUGUGAUGUGUAUAGCUUUGGAAUUUUGGCGUUGGAAACAUUAAUGGGAAAGCAUCCUGGAGAUCUCUUGUCAUCACCAUCUUCUUUGCAAAAUACCAAGCUAAUUGAUGUGUUAGACAAACGUCUACCACCCCCAACAAGCCAACUGGUUGCACAGAAUAUUGUUCAGGCCGCUACACUGGCAUUGGCAUGCUUAAAUCCGCUACCAAAGUCCCGACCAAUGAUGGAAGAAGUGUCCAAAAAGUUUGUUUCUUCCCAAAAAUCCUUGGGGAUUCCUCUCCGAAUAAUUACUUUAUCACAACUUGUGAACCAUGAAAUGCAUAUUGAAGGCAAGAAAGAAACUUGUCAUGUUUAAUUAAAGCUGCUUGUUUAUAACUAAUUUCAUUUGUAAUUCAUUGUGACACAACACAAGAAUGUGCCUCAAAGAGAGAUAGCUGGUUCCAUGGGAAAUAAUUAGAAACCAGCAACUGUCUUGCUCUUUCUGUUUCCCAUGCUUGAAUUUAUUUUGUUCAAAAUUACUGGUUGUUAUAUUCUAUGACAUAAAUCAACUUAAUGAAGGUCUCAGGUCUUAAAGAUAGAUUUUCCAUAAUUACGGUUGUUAUUUGAUAUUAUCUAAUCUAUUUAUUUCUUUUUAGAUAUCUAAUUGUUAAAAUUAGAUAAAAAAAUUAGGUAAUUAAAUUCGAUAAUUUUUAUUUUGUGUAGGUAUGUUUAUUCUCCAUCAGACCCCUUGCCAUCCCUUCUUUUUUAAACUAAAAUGCUUUCCUUCGCCACCUUUUCGAAAAUAUACCACAGCCAUUGCCAGAGGACUGAGAUUUUCGUAUCUCUGUAGAAAAUUCAACCUCAUUUGGAUGCACGCAGCGAAAAUGCAUUCUGGACUUAUAGUUACUAGGGAAUGAGUCUUGCAGACAGAAACUAUAAAAGAUGAGAAAUUUCGCAGAAAGAUUUGCAACGAAGGAUGAGAAAAUAGAAAUAACCCAUUUGAAGUAAAGACUGGGCAAAAGUAGAACUGUACUGAAAAUGUUAAUCUGAUCCUUUGCAUGUGCCUAUCCUGUU